CAGAUGCGGAGAAGGGGAAUCCUCGUUAUUUCUGCCGCCUCCACUACCACCGAUUGCCUUCGCUUUCCGGCCAUCACCUAUUUUGUGAUGACUUCUCUUGCCGAGUCCACCUCUUGCGUCUCCACCUAUACCAUCACUUCCUCCGAAACCACCGCUUGAGCCGCUUUCGGCACCAGCUCCUCCUCCGCCCGACCCAUCGCCAAUGCCGCCGCCGCCGCCGCCGCCACCUCCAACACCAACGCCACCGACGCUGACACCGAUCCCACCUCCGCCACUCAUGCCGAAACCGCCGCCUGCGACGCCAACUCCGAUCCCGACACCAAUGCCUCCACCUCCUCCACCAAUCCCGCCGAGUCCUCCGCCAGCACCGCCUGCGGUUCCGAAUCCAGCGCCACCGGUAGCUCCACCGAUUCCACCUCCUCCAAUGCCUCCGCCACCUCCAACACCGCCACCUCCUCCAAUUCCACCGCCAAUUCCACCUCCACCUCCGAAUCCGCCACCGCCAAAUCCACCACCUCCUCCCAUGCCACUGCCGCCAAAUCCACCACCUCCUCCCAUGCCACCUCCCAUGCCACUGUCGCCAAAUCCACCACCUCCACCCAUGCCACCGCCGUUAACUCCACCACCUCCUCCGAAUCCACCGCCUCCUCCCAUGCCAUCUCCAACUCCACCGCCUCCUCCCAUCCCUCCACCACCUCCCAUGCCUCCGCCAACGCCAACGCCACCGCCUCCUCCCAUCCCUCCACCACCUCCCAUGCCUCCGCCAACGCCACCGCCAACUCCACCGCCUCCUCCCAUCCCUCCGCCUCCUCCCAUCCCUCCACCACCUCCCAUGCCUCCGCCAACGCCACCGCCACCGCCAACUCCACCGCCUCCUCCCAUGCCUCCGCCAACGCCACCGCCAACUCCACCGCCUCCUCCCAUGCCUCCACCUCCUCCCAUGCCUCCGCCAACUCCACCGCCUCCUCCCAUGCCCCCACCACCUCCCAUGCCUCCGCCAACUCCACCGGGGCUACCUAUGCCUCCACCAAUACCACCACCACCUCCGCCCCCGACUCCUCCGCCAACCCCUCCUCCAAUACCUCCACCUCCUCCUCCAAUGCCACCGCCACCUCCAAAACCACCGCCACCCCCAACUCCUCCACCGCCACCUCCUCCUCCAAAGCCACCGCCACCCCCAACUCCUCCACCGCCAACUCCUCCUCCAAUACCUCCUCCUCCUCCAAAGCCACCGCCUCCUCCAAUGCCACCGCUUGCUCCACCUCCUCCCAGGCCUCCGCCUGCUCCUUUUCCAAUGCCGCCGCCAACUCCACCACCUCCUCCAUUGCCACCGCCACCGCCAACUCCUCCUCCAAUACCUCCACCUCCUCCUCCAAAGCCACCGCCACCUCCAAUGCCACCACCUCCUCCUCCCAGGCCUCCGCCUGCUCCUUUUCCAAUGUCACCGCCAACUCCGCCACCACCAGCUCCACCUCCUCCUCCAAUUCCACCGCCACCUCCAACUCCUCGACCGAUGCCACCGCCAGCUCCACCUCCUCCCCCAACGCCUCCACCUCGGCCAACUCCACUACCUCGACCAACUACGGCAUGGCUGCCACGUCGGGUUUUACGAGCACAAUCACUACUCUGCCCACCAUCCAACGCAACACUAGACCUCCCGCCAGAAGCGAUCACAUAGUCCAGAGGCGGCGUCCUCAUCUUCUUCCCUUCCCUUCUCCCACUUCCACCAACAACACAAGCCAAAACCAUUAGAAGGAUCAGUGCUCCCUGCUUCCCCAUCUAGUGACAAUGGCAGAGACAAAUUGGCCGGUGCAACUGCGAAGGCCGUAGAAGGCAGAUCAUAAAUAUAAGUUCUCGCGCCAAACAGCAAGUGCUACAUUUUUUGGUGGCAGUUAGCAGCUUAAAUGCAUCUUCUUCCCUCUUGCAUCUUCCGUGAGACCAUUUAAUCUCGCAUUCAUGGCUCCUCCCUUUCUCUGCAUUUGCUUUGGUCAACUUGUGUUGGGAAUAAGCAAAGUAGAAGGGAAGGAGGAUUUGGAGAUUGUGACAACAGCCGCUUGCAGUCUGGAAAGAAGAAAGGAUGCCACUUUAAUUUAGCUCCACCACCAAUGCCUUUCAUGGAGUUUAAUGGGAUUUGCUUUCUGGUGGACGUUAGAGAAGAGCAGUCAAAUAAUUUAAUUUCUGUUUGCCUUAGCUAUGAUGGAUGGGCUGUGAAUCGAGAGGAGACGAAGGUGAUGGCGAUCGAUGGGGCCAGCGGUGAGGUUGAGCAGCCCCAAACUCUGGGAGCCGGUGGCGGCAUGAGUGGGGAGAGUGUGGCGCACUGUACGUAGUUUGGGAGCCUUU